GUCGAACAGCGGAUCGCCAUUCACACCGCAAGUCCCCACUCUCACUUUUCUUCUACUGUCAGCUACCAUGAGCGUCACGGAACCCGCCACGGCCGCCGAGCCCCAGCAGCCGACGACGCCCGUCCCGUCGCCCAAGGCGGACGCGCCCACUGAGUACGUCCCGGUGACCGAGUACGCGCCGGUCGCCGACGCCGUCCUCGUCGAGCCUACCGUCGCCAUGAACGUUGUCGUCGUUGACGCUGGCCUCGAUGCCAACGGCCUCGUCGUCGGGCGCUGGAAGGCCGACAUCUGCGCCUGCUUUUCGGACAUGAUCCCGAACUGCUGCAUGGCGUACUGGUGCCCGUGCAUCUCGCUCGCCCAGACCCUCCACCGCGUCGGUCUCUUCACGUACACCAACACGCUCCUCGUCUUUGCCGUGCUGUACCUUGCGCAAGUGCUCACGUGGGUCCUCGCGGUCUCGGUCGGCCGCAGCUGCGUCUCGUACAGCAGCUGGAGCUACGACUACGAGAUCUGCUCGGGCUACAACGCGUGGAUCUACAUCAUGUGGGUCGUCUCCGUCCUCGUCGUCGCCGCGCUCAUGUACGUCCGGACGCGCGUCCGCGCCAUGUUUGCGAUUCCGGGCAACGUGUGCGAAGACUGCCUCUGCGCGUGGUUUUGCAGCUGCUGCACGAUCGCCCAGCUGGCGACGCACACCGACUCGUACACGCCCAACGCCUGCAACUUUGGGCCCAAGGACACCCUUGCCGGCUACGUUGUCUAAUUGUGGAUUGG